GGACCUCGCGUAUACGGCGGCCUUGGGCUUCGCAGCCGUUGGCACGAAUAACGGCCACGACGGAUUCUCGGGCGUGUCGUUCUUCAAUAACUCGGACGUGGUGCAGGACUUUGCCUGGCGCGCGGUACAUACGGGAGUGGUGGUUGGCAAGCAAAUCGCAAACACCUUUUACGAACCGUCGAUUAGCAAGUCGUACUACCUCGGCUGCUCGACGGGCGGAAGACAGGGCUUGAAGAUGGCGCAAAUGUUCCCUGAAGAGUUUGACGGCAUCGUAGCCGGCGCGCCAGCCAUCUCGUUCAACAACCUCACCUCAUGGAGCGGCCACUUUUAUCCCCUGACAGGAUCCAGCACGGCCAGCAGGUUUGUGCCCCGGGACAUGUGGACGGUGAUUCACCAGGAUAUUCUUGAUCAGUGUGAUGGCCUGGAUGGCUACGUCGAUGGUAUUCUGGAGGAUCCGAUGCUCUGCGACUAUAACCCAGACAGUCUCGUGUGUGCCGCUGGCAACGGAACCACAAGCUGCUUGACAGAUGCUCAGGCGACGGUUCUGCGUUCCAUCUUCUCGGCCCUCCGAGACUCGUCAGGCCGGCUCGUCCACCCUCGCAUGCAACCUGGAUCGGAGCUCGGCGCAUCACAAGUCUACUACGGCGGCGCACCGUUCCAGUAUACAACCGAGUGGUUCCGCUACGUCGUCUUCGGUGACGCCUCAUGGGAUCCCGCAACCCUCUCGUCCGCCGACAUUGACUUAGCAUCCCAAAAGAACCCCUUUGGCAUUGAGUCCUUCCAGGGCGACCUCUCCAAGCUGCGCGAUGGUGGCUCCAAACUCUUACACUGGCACGGACUGCAGGACCCCAUCAUCACGAGCGACAUUUCCCCACGGUACUACGAGCACGUUGCCGCCACCAUGGCCCAGACGCCCGAAGAACUCGAUGACUUUUACCGCUUCUUCCGCGUCUCGGGCACGAACCACUGCAGUGGCGGACCGGGCGCCACCUUUAUUGGAAAUCAAGCCAGGAGCAAUGCCACGCUGGAUCCGGACGGCAACGUGCUCAUGGCCAUGGUGCGGUGGGUCGAGGAGGGCGUGGCGCCCGAUACGAUCCGGGGCGUGGCGUAUGUUAACCAGACCAAGGCUUCAGGGGUUGUUGACUUUGAGCGGAAGCAUUGCCGAUAUCCGUAUCGGAACCAGUACAAGGGCACCGGGAACCCGAAGAGUGCUGAUAGCUGGGAGUGCGUUCCUGGUCGGGAUGGGCUCAAGUAUCUGUAGGAGAGAAGGUCCUUUUUUUUUUUGUAUAUAGAUUUUCCCUCUUUGGUAUGUACGCUGUUUGGUAAGCAUCUUCUGAUUCAGGCUGGC